AUGUCUCCACUGAACUCCGAGCUCUCCUCCCAAGAAACCCUCAAGCCGCUCGGCCAUGGCUGUCAACCAUCGCCAGCCUCGCCUCUAUCGCGAUCGGGAUCUAGCCAAGCCCCGAUCCACCUCCAGCCUAGCACCCCCGCCUACUCUCCCUCUGCCCCAGCCUCUCCGGCGAUUUCCUCGCUGGCGUCAACCAGCUUCCGCGCUGCCCAGCCGCCUGAACCAGCCCCGCCAGUGCCGCCCCCGACGGCCUUCGCCCACACCCCCACCCCAUUCGCAGUCGCCCAGAGUCCAUUCCAGCGCUUCCCCGUCCGUCCAACCGUCUCGCCCAUCCAGUCCUUGCACUUGACCCGCUCAGCAACCACCCAGCCUAACUGGCAGGCCCAUCCACCACCCAACCCCAGCCUGUGUCGUCCUCCGCCUCUGCAGUCGGCCUGCUAUUCGCCACUCCCAGCCGAUCAUCCUCCCAACCCCAUCCCGACCUCCAAUGACCUCCAUCAGCCAGUUCCUCCUCGCCCGUCCGUCUCUCCCGAACCCUCCCCACAGCGCCCCUUCGCUCUCCAGCCCGCCCUCGAAUCCUAUCUUUCCAACUCUGCCCAGCUCGUCUUCAUCAUCCCCGCCCAUCCAAUCUACAGGGCUCUUUGCAGGCGUCGUCAGCUCGGCCUCUCUGAAGAUCCAGACGAACACGCCCAGUUCCCCAUCUAUGAUGGCGGGACCGAUAACAUCUCAACCCCAGCCUCAAGCCAGCAUAUCGUCUUUCCCCAUCUUACCUCCCAAGAUGCCGACUCCGGUAGCAAUUAUAUACUCUCCGAGCUUCUCUCACCGGUCUACGCCAAUCCUGCUGCCGAAGAAUUCGCGCAUCAGAUCCUCGAGAGGACCAAACAGCCGACCGGAAAACAGGCAUCUGAUCUGAACAAUUGCUGGUAUUGGGACAUGAUGAAAUUGCUCCACCACCACGACUUAUCCCGGUGGCUGGACUGGCUGCGUGGAAUACUCAACAGGAAUCGUCAUCCCCCCUCGAGCUUCAAGACAAGCCUCAAGACAUCAUCUCAUUUCAGAGCUCCUAUCUCACUAACCCACCGUCGUAAGAGGCUCAGUCGAGAUCCUCAGCCGUCAUCUUCAACCAAUCAGUCUCCACCAGUCACCUCAGUCACCCCUCCCGCACCUGAAAUCAUCAUGACCGCUCAAAUCUAUACCGACCCCACUGUCGAUGAUUCAUCAAACAUGCACUCCGAUGAAACAAUUAACAGUAGCCACCAAAUCAUUUUCUCUGCUAUUGUUCUGCGUCAUCCAUCCUUGCCAGCCCAUCCUGGCCCUGUCAGAGAAACGGCUGGUCGUCCUCCUAAUGUUCAAACUGCCGAUCAGCAUUCUUCCACCGCCCCGAACGCUUCUCAGGACGAACGAUCGAAUCCUGUCGUGUAUUACAGCACUCCCGCCUCGAAGCCGCCUUCUGCAGAAACUAUCCGAACGAAAAGAAUCAAGACAUCAGCAUCCAAUAGCUCUUUUCACUCUGCCACAACCCGCCAGGAAUUCGGUGCUCCGCUCACCAACACCCUCAGCCAAUUCAUCAUAAACCAGGAGAGUCAUACAGGCUGUCAAGCUCAACCAACCCAAGCUUCAUCCAAACUCACAUGGUUAGACGAACACAAUGCCAAGCGUCUGUUUCUAAAAUCCAGUCGGCGUUCCAGUCGGCCAAAUGCUGGGCGCGUGUUCACCGUCGGCAGCACGCUCUUGUCCGUCCCCGCUUAUUCUCGUCGUGGUAGUGUUCCUAGUCGCAGCGGAUUAUCCCAUGAGCCACAAGAAGCAGAGAGAGCUAACGUCUCUACUAGCGAGCCGAAGCAUAGCCCUACUGAUUUGGAUAAGAUGGUCCUAGAUGAUCCGUGGUGUCGAGAAUUACCAGAUUCCAGCCUCGAAAACUACUCAUUAACACAAAAUGUCAUAUCAGACUCGCAUGGCCAGCUGGCUGCUGCUACUCGUCGGCCCGACGAGACUUUCGAUGAACUGAUGGCUUCCAAGGAAGAUUCCCCAUUUUCGUCUUUCGCCGAUCCAAGUUCCGUUCGUAAUGAUCAGCAUGGGGUGCAGGGUGAUCUAUCGUCUAUCCAGGAGGAAUAUCCCGAGCAAGAUUGGAUGAGCGAAAUCCAUUCCGGCCGCUCAAGCAGCCGAUCAAAAUCAGCUAUCUCCUCUUCACGUUCCAGUCGAUCCCAAUCCUUCUCAUCCAGCUCGUCUAUUAGCACCUGUCAUCCUCAGGACCCAGCUGAUAGUCUAUUCCGACAAGCGUUGAUGGCCUCCCCCACCGGACAACUGAUAGUUGAACUGGAUUGGCAAAACACACCGAUCGGACCGAUAGAAACAUGGAGUCCCACCCUGAGAUCAAUGGUUACCCUGAUCUUGGCAUCUCCGUAUAGAAUGAGUUUGCUCUGGGGCGAUGAAUGUGUAAUGCUAUACAAUGAUGCUUACGUGAGGACGUGUGGGCUCAAACACCCAAGCCUUUUGGGCCAGAGCGGCGCACAUGGAUGGGCUGAGCUUUGGGCCGACUUGGGAGACAUCGCCGAUUCCGUCCUCCGGGGCGAGGUUUACACGGUCUACGACAGUCUACUCUUCUUCGAUAGAGACCCCAACAACCCGAAUGGAAUCCGGAAGGAGGAGUCUUACCAUUCUUUCAGUUGGAUUCCUGUUCGAGGACCAAGUGGCAAAGUUGAAGGGAUUUUGAACCCAUCUUUUGAAACUACCCUAAGGGUCAUUGCAGAGCGUCGCUUGGGCAGUUUGCGCGAUUUGGUCCAGAUAACGCUCAUGUCAAGAACUCGAGUUUCUUAUGAGGAAAGAUGUUUGGAAAGUUUUGCUAAGAAUCCAUAUGAUUUGCCCUUCGUCAUCAUGUACUCUUGUGAAAGCAAGAAAACCUCCCGCAAAGGUCCGACGUCAACUGACGAAGGCGCAUCGGACGCUUCAGCUUGUUGGAUCAAUUUACAACUCAAACUGGCUGGAACAGUUGGCGUUCCUAAGGGACACCCAUCGGCUCUUGAGCAAAUCCAGUUCAAUAUUCAAAUCCUUGGUUCCAACUCUCAGUCUGGGGGUAGUGGUCACAGUUCGUCGACUAAAAGUCAUUCUGCUGAUAACAUGUCGAACUCGCCCUCGUCGGUCGGGUCCCAGAAAACCAUGCACACCGAACUUACGGAUGACGAGACUGUUGUCUGGCCUCUCCGAGAAGCUUGCACUUUUCGUAAACCAAUUUAUAUAGCUCAUUUGGGAGACCGGGCAAAAGGAUUUGAAAGUCGGGGAUGGCCUGAUCAGACGAGAUCGGCUGUAGUUAUGCCAGUAAGUACUAGCGAGGAUUCAGCACCAUUGGGAGUCAUCGUCUUCGGACUUUCUCCUAGGUUGAACUGGACCGAAGCCUACGCGCUCUUCCUGAACCUCUUGACUCGACAAUUCUCGACCGGGUUGUCGACCGUGAUAGGCCACGAGGAGGAGGCUCAACGCUUGGAGGACUUGGCUGCCUUAGAUCGGGCAAAGACCACAUUCUUUACCAAUAUCUCUCACGAAUUAAGAACCCCACUAACGUUGAUUGUCGGACCCAUUUCGAUGAUGUUGGAGUCCUCUGACAUCAGUCCCGCCGCUCGAGAGAGGUUGAAAGUCGUCGAGCGCAACACACAGCGGUUAAUCAAUCUGGUCAAUCAGCUGUUGGAUCUUUCACGCUUCGAAGCUGGGAAGAUGGUCGCUCGAUUUAAGGGAACUGAUGUUUCGAAACUGACUGCCAACUUGUCGGCGUUAUUCAGGAGUGCUAUGCACAAGAAUCAACUCGACUUCGUGGUCGAUUGUCCCGAGACGACCCGUCGGGUCUGGGUCGAUCACGACUUCUUCGAGAAAGUUGUCUUCAACAUUCUUUCCAACAGUAUGAAAUUCACUCCCAAAGGCGGCAAAGUUAAAGUGGAAGUGCGAUAUGAUUCCAAUAAUUGUUAUUUGAUUUGCUCUGAUACUGGAAGGGGCAUCAAACCGGAAGAGCUUCCGAAGAUAUUCGAGAGAUUUCAUCGAGCUGAAAACUCGCAUCUCGCCGAAGGUACUGGGAUCGGUUUGGCUUUGGUACAAGAUAUUAUCAAACUCCACUGCGGUUUGCUGGAAGUCGAAAGUCAAGUUGACCGGGGAUCUAAGUUCACCAUCACCUUUCGUCUUGGGGUGGCUCAUCUUCCCCCCGAUUCACUCGAUCAUUCAUGUGACAGUGAAAUCGAUCAAUUCAACGAUCGGGUGGUUGCGUCGAAUGCCAGGCGUUGGAUUUUGGGGGAGAUAGAGCCCAGUCGAACUUUACUGCUCGACGUAUCUCCCAGUCACUCGGAUUCAUCUUCCUCGCGAGGCUCCACCGACCUACAGCUGGCUCCUAUGAACGACGCCGUUAUGUCUACGGCGGGCUCGACGGUUCUGAUCGCCGAUGAUAAUGCGGAUAUGCGUAACUUCCUCAGAAGUGUCUUAAGCCGUUACUACAACGUUGUUGAAGCUGUAGAUGCUCAACAAGCCUACCAAUGGGCCAAGCUCAAUCGGCCCGACAUUUUGGUUUCAGAUGUGAUGAUGCCCGGGAUGGAUGGGUUUGAACUUCUCCGGCGCUUGAAGGCUGAUAGCGAUACCGCAGGGAUGUCGGUCAUCUUGCUCUCGGCACGAGCUGGGUCUGAGAGCCGAAUAGAAGGUCUUGCAGAAGGCGCAGACGAUUAUCUUGUCAAACCAUUUGAGGCUAAGGAACUGGUUGCUCGAGUCAACACUCACCUCCAGAUCGCGAAGAUGCGGCAAAGACUAGAGGCAGCUGUGGCUACCCGAACCCAAUUGUUGAGGGAAAACGAGCAAAAGUAUCGUGAUUUGUAUCAUACGUUUGAAGUCAUCUCCAUGCUCAGUCCAGUCGGUAUAUUCCAAUUAAGUCCACUCGGUCAAAUCACUUUCGCCAACAACGCCUUCCACUCUCAGUGUAAGCUGGCCCGAGGUGAGCCAUUGAGUCAGUGGAUGAACUGUAUACAUUCACUAGACAGGGAGUCGAUUGAGGACACGUUUGAACAAUCGAUUCGAGGACGACAGCCGAUCAAAGGCGAAUUCCGGUGGAGGGACGGAUCGUGGUGCUUCUAUGAACUGACCCCAUACUAUAAAGAAGACGACAGAUUCGAAGGAUAUCUUGGCUCGACCACCGACGUGACCGAACGUAAAGAAUCUGAAAAGAAGCAACUCGAGGCUGCUGAGGCUCGUGCUCGGGAUGCUGAAGAAAGUAAACGUCAACAGGAAGCGUUCAUUGACAUGACAUCCCAUGAAAUCCGUAAUCCGCUACACGGUAUCCAUCAAGCGGCCGAACUUCUCUACUCCUCCUUGAAGCUCUUACAUGGGGUAGUUGAGAACAGUCAUCAGAUCAUUGGACCCGAUCUUGUACAAUUUCGUACUGAACUGCGAGAAGAUAUCGAUGCGAUCGAAAGUAUCCAACUUUGUGCUUCUCAUCAGUCGAGGAUAGCGGACGAUAUUAUCAAUGUCUCUAAACUCAGCAUGGGUCUACUGACAACCAUCAAGACCGACUUCGAUUUAGUUGGCAGAGUGCGCGAGGUACUCUCUAUGUAUCUUAUUGAAGCUCAGCAGAAAUCGGUUGAACUGAAGCUUCAGAUCGGCGAGGGAUUAGAGAUCACUCAUUACAUUUGUGCUGAUCCAAACAGACUAGCACAAGUGAUCAUCAACUUCCUUUCCAACGCCUUGCGAUACACCUCAACCAGUGAAGGCCCCAGGAGUGUGACGGUCAGGGUUGAUGUAUUUACCAAAUGCCCUGAACCCCGUCCCCAUGUCCGAAGAAUAGGCACUUUGAGAGCGGAGGUCGAAGCAGUAGCGCCGGAAGACUUGGUCUACGCGAAAGUCAGCGUCCAGGACACUGCAAGAGGCUUGUCACCCGAAGAGCUGGCCAAGCUAUUUUCUCGAUUUGUCCAAGCCAACCCUACUCAGGAUCAAUAUGGCGGCAGCGGAUUAGGAUUGUAUGUCUCACACCGAUUGAUCGAAAACCACGGCGGUUUCAUCGAGGUGAUGUCGACCAAGGGCCAAGGCUCUGUGUUCUCGUUCGUGAUACCAACGAAACGGAGCGUCAGGCCACCGGUCACGAAUAGUGCGAGUUACAACCAGAGUGUCAAGCGCGGAUUCACCCGAGCUAUCAAUGAGGAGGAGGUCGUCGAGAUGCAACCCGCCUCUGCACUCUUGCCAGGUGGGACAAUCGCAGCUGGUAGCGGGAUCAAUAGUCGGCUUCCGAGCCCGGAUAUCCAUCCUACUCCGGUCACCGACCAGCACCUGUCGAGCCCCCAACGUGUGAUCACCCAACCGCUCCGGGAUGAAAAAUCCAUGAUGAGAGUCAGCGAGAGUUCGCAAUCGAUCCCGGCUCUCGAACGACGCGACUCAGGCUCACAGCCGACUCAUGUCUUGGUGGUCGAAGACAACACGAUCAAUGUCAAAGUUAUCAAACGCCAGCUCACUAUCAAAGGCUACAUCGUCUCCGUCGCCAUGGACGGCAGAGAAGCCCUUAACAGAUUGUACGCCGACGCUUCGGGGACGUCUGACUUGCCGCCGAUCGACAUCGUCCUGAUGGACAUUCAAAUGCCUGUCAUGAAUGGCUUGGAGGCUAUCACUCACUUGAGAGCAGCCGAGAAGGCGGGUGAAAUCAAGAAACGAUACCCGGUGAUCGCUGUGACGGGUAAUGCUCGGAAGGAACAGACUGAACAGUGUCUAGCCAGCGGAUUUGACAGCAUUUGUGUCAAGCCGUACAAGAUCGAUGACGUCCAGAGUCGGAUGGAGGCUUUACUUGCUAAGUUGGAACUCAACGAUAAAUAA